AUGUCCAGUAACUUUUAUUUUAUUAAAUGGAAAAAUGUUCUGAAUUCUUUAGAAGCAUUACUCCGAACAGAUCUAAAUUACCAGAAAAAGGCACACGAUAAACAACUAUGUGAAGCUGUGCUACGUCUGUCUAGUGUUUUAGCUAGAUACUCAGCUCUAUAUAAUGAAGCUUCCGAGUGUUUGCAUAACAAUUUGCAAGUACAGAAGAAGAAAUAUAUGCAGGAGGUGAUAAAAACUGUUGAAAAUAGACAAACAAUCAGCUUGAUGCGAAGACGAGCGUACAGUAGACGAAUCUGGGAGAGAGAAUUAAGCGGCACAUUGAAAAGCGCUCCUUACACUUUGAGGGAAAAAAGUGCCAAUCUCAUUCAAAUCGUUUUAAGGUAUGAACAAAUUAAAUUCUUCCACGAGCUACCAACGGAUAAAGAAGGCGGACUUGCUUCGAUUAUCAAAGAGGAGUUGCCUUCACCAGCGCAAUGGCUCGAAGAAUAUAAUAGGUAUAUGCAUGAAAAAGCUUCGAACAAGACAAAAACAGCACUUCAAAUCAAAUGGGAAAAAAAGAAAGAAAAGCAAGAGUUGAAAACAAAAAAGAAGGAGAAGUCGAUUCAAAAUAAAAUAGAAGCCGAAUUAAAAAGGAAAAUGAUGAAAAACCCAAGCUUACACCCUGGCUUUCGUUACCCUCCUUCUAGAACAACAGAGCUGAUUUUGAAGGCUCUUGAACAUUAUCGUAAAGAUUGGGAUUACUUGGACGAACUAGACACAUUAGAUGUAAAAGAAAGAUUUAUCGAACGAUUUAAUAUUGAAGAUUCUUGGAUGAAAGCAAAGAUGGAGGUUUUAGUCAACGUACAAGAAGACAUGAGAAACGAAUACAAAAAACUAAAAGCUGCCUUGAUUGAAGACUACACACGAAAUAACGAAAAAAUACCAGAAGCAAUAAAAAAAGUAUCGAAACCAAAAUUUAAGCUUCGAAAAUUCGCUAAAGUUUCGAACAAUAACACUAGUGAACUCAUUGAGAAUCUUGUUAAUCGAGGCAUCCUAAUAGAAUAUCCUAAAACGAAACUAGAAGAUUUUAUUGGUGAUCACAACUUUGCCGGAGAAGAUUUACGUUACACGUUUCAACAAGCUCUACCGUGCAAUGGUGACACAAGGAGCAUGUGGUGGAGGGUGUGUCGUGAUGUAAGCCAGGGUCAUCAAAAAAUACUACUAGUUGGACCUAAUGGCUGCGGUAAAACUAAACUAGUAUAUGCGCUGGCAAAACUAAACAAUGCAGUUUUAUUUGUAUUGGAUCCGAUGGUUUUGAAAAAUGAAUUAACAGCGAUACACCUGGAUAACCUGUUGGACAGCAUAAAGACUUGCGCACUGAAUGUUCAACCAUCUGCGAUUUACAUAAAACAUUUACAGUAUAUUUUUUGCAAAAAGGUGCCUACCGAAGAGGAUUUAGGGAUCAGUCCAAAAAUAAUCAAAAGGCACAUCGUGAAGAAAUUACUAAGAACGACAAACAGAACACAUAAAAUAACUAUUAUAGGAGGCUGCACCGAACCGUGGACGGUGCGAAGUAAAGAGCUUCUGCAAGCUUUCCCUAAAGCUCUGCUCUUACCAAACACAUGUUAUUCCGUGAUAUUAGAGUUACUGCAAGAUUGGGUUAUGCGUAACCAUGAAAUACCGAAUGACUUUGAUGUGCACAGCCUAGCUCACUUACUAGAGAGCUACAAUUUCGGAUACUUGCAGGAGACCUUGCAGAGUUACUUAACACCUAAAAAAACUUUAGAGUAA